CAGGCUCUUCUACUAACAACGACUUCGCGACAACUUAUGCCUGAAGUAAACUUUUUAACACAAAGAUAUAUUAUCAAAGGUUCCAUGUAAUCGGCAGAUAAUGAUGUGCUAGUGUCAAUAUUCAGAAAGCUCGUGUGGUGUUGUGCUUGUGCAGGAUAACUAAAUAGGCCUGGAGGGCAGAUACAACCUGGUCAAAGUCAUGUCUGUGCGUAGCCUAACCCGCCGGGCUUCGGGUCCCAUAGCCCCCGGCUAUGUACACAACUGCAACUAUAUGGAACAUUACCGCGAUGACGGCGGUGCCAGACUCACACGGCGCAGUCUACGUUUGGCCAACGGGCGUGUGGCAUCGCCAAUCCAGUUCUCGCUACCUCCGCGCGGCGCGGCUCAGUCCCACGAAGAGAUCAGCAUCCAGUCUCAUCCGGCAUCGCACCAGCCCUCGCACAAGGAUGAGAACAUAAAGAUCAGCAUCGAGAACACCAACACCUGCACGGACUCACUGGUGACGGCGCUAGACGACGAGACCUUGCUCAUAUCCGACUCCCUGCUCGGCGACGGCAUCAUGAAUUCGGCGAACGCAAAAUGCUCUAGCGGAAAGGUGCAUUUUGGUAUCAGCACGGGCGCGGCGGCGGACGAUGUCUCGCUUUACGGGACGCCCAAGGAAGAGCCCGGGCCCACGCCGGUAGCCGCCUCCAUUGGACUAGGAGAGCCGGGCAAGCAGAGCUUUCUCAAGAACCAACUUCAAGCGCUCUUCCAGCCGACCGAUAACAAACUAGCCAUGAAACUAUUCGGAUCCAAGAAGGCACUCAUGAAGGAACGCAUACGACAGAAGGCCGCCGGACACUGGGUUAUACAUCCCUGCUCGAGUUUUAGAUUUUAUUGGGACCUGUGUAUGUUACUAUUAUUAGUAGCUAAUUUAAUUAUACUUCCGGUGGCAAUCAGCUUUUUUAAUGAUGACCUGAGCACCAGAUGGAUCGCUUUCAACUGUCUAUCGGAUACAAUAUUCUUAAUAGACAUCGUUGUAAAUUUCAGAACAGGAAUAAUGCAGCAGGAUAAUGCGGAGCAGGUCAUCCUGGAUCCGAAGUUAAUUGCCCGACAUUAUUUACGAACGUGGUUCUUCUUAGACUUAAUUUCUUCUAUUCCUUUGGACUAUAUAUUUUUAAUCUUCAAUCAGAGCUCCAAUGGUCGAAUUUUGUGCGCUGCCAUCACUGCAAAUCCUGAUGCGACAGUAUCAUCUUUCCUUGUGGAAAUUGCUUCUGAGAUGUUUUAA